CCCGGCCGCACCCGUGCCCAGCAUGUCGGCGCUCGAAUGGUACGCCCACAAGUCUCUGGGCGAUGGCAUCUUCUGGAUUCAAGAACGCUUCUACGAAUCUGGCAACCGCGCCAACAUCUGGCUGGUGCGUGGUUCGGAGCAGGACGUGGUGAUUGAUACAGGCCUGGGGCUGCGGAGCCUGCCGGAGUACCUCUACUCCUCCGGCCUCUUGCAGGACUGCGGGGCCAAAGAGGAUGCGGCGCGCCGGCCGCUGCUGGCCGUGGCCACCCACGUGCACUUCGACCACUCCGGCGGCCUCUACCAGUUCGACCGAGUCGCCGUGCACCACGCCGAGGCCGAGGCGCUGGCUCGCGGGGACAACUUUGAGACCGUGACCUGGCUGUCCGAUAGCGAGGUGGUGCGGGCCCCCAGCCCGGGCUGGAGGGCCAGGCAGUUCCGGGUACAGGCGGUGCAGCCCACCCUCAUCCUGCAGGAUGGGGAUGUGAUCAACCUCGGUGACAGACAGCUCACUGUUAUGCACAUGCCAGGUCACUCCAGGGGCAGCAUUUGCUUGCAUGACAAGGACCGAAAGAUUCUCUUCAGUGGAGACGUCGUGUAUGAUGGAUCAUUUAUUGACUGGCUCCCAUACAGCAGGAUAAGUGACUAUGUUGGAACCUGUGAACGUCUGAUAGAAUUAGUGGACAGAGGUCUGGUAGAAAAGGUGCUUCCUGGGCACUUCAAUACCUUUGGUGCCGAAAGGCUUUUUCGAUUGGCUUCUAACUAUAUUUCAAAAGCCGGGAUAUGUCACAAAGUUUCUACUUUUGCCAUGAGAUCUUUUGCAAGCUUAGCUCUACGUGUAACAAAUUCUAGGACCUCACCCUAGUAUCUAUACUGAUAAUCUAUUUUGAUUAAUUACAUAAAUUAAUUCAAUUCAUUCUGUGCUAUUUAAAUAGUUAAUAGUGAGCAUUUCAAGAAGUGCUUUUCUACCACUAUUGUAUAAAGAAAGAUUGAGAAAAGAUUGAGAAUGAAUAAGCCAAAAAAGAAAAUUCUUAGUUUAAAUUGUUUUCUUUCUUCCAAGUAAGAAACCACUUAAGUAAGCUUAUAAUUUGCCAAAGCUGUCAUCUUGUAAUAUUUGCUCUAGAAAUGACAUAGAAGUAUAUGGGAAAGCAAGGAGGUAUUUUGCAGCAAGAGAAAGGACUGUCCUUGCCUCCAAUUUGUUUUAUUUUAUU